AUGGAAAUUCCCGAACGACAUUUCGAUUGGGAUCACAUAUAUCCUGAUGUUUCUCCCGUUUCCAGUAAUCCAUCUUACGCUGCAUUUAGACUACGUCAGCCUUUAGAUAAAAAUCCAGGCGUAUAUACUUUGCCGAAUUUCGACACCGAAGAUAAAGAUGAGUUCUUUAUUUACGGCACAUGCGUGUCAGUACGUGGAGAACAAUCUGAAUCCCGUCCUGAGUACGCUGAUGAUCCUGUAAAUGAUGUCCCAGUGCAUGGAAAUUGUACGUUUACAGCUGUAGAAGAAAGUUAUGAGUCGAAAAUUAAUGAACUGCAGAGACAAAUUAAGAAAUUAGAGGCGGAAGUCAGCCAAGUUCCUGUUCUUCAAGAUAAUUUACGCUAUUUGUACGAGGAAAAUAUGCUACUUCAUCAGAAAGAAGAAAUUAAAGAAUCCCACCGAAUUCAAAUGGCAGCCAUACUGACAGUACAGAUGAGGAAGUAG